UCUGUUGCGGUACCUAGUGUAGUCGUCUGGUGUCGUCUAUAAUAUUGCAGCUGCUUAGUUGAUAAAACGUCAAAUAAAAUGCAGCCAGUUUUGCUGAACAUUGCAUUACUUUCAUUUGUACCAGUUUUCCUCAGCGGGGAAGCUUCCGCCGAUGGAAACGGGAGAGGAUUUGGCGAUCAUAUUCACUGGAGGACUCUGGAAGAUGGAAAGAAAGAAGCCGAAGCAAGCGGAUUACCACUUAUGGUGAUCGUCCACAAGACCUGGUGUGGUGCCUGUAAAGCACUGAAACCUAAAAUUGCUGAAUCCAAGGAGAUCUCUGAGUUGGCUCACAACUUCGUCAUGGUAAAUUUAGAGGAUGAGGAGGAGCCAAAAGAGGAGGCCUUCAGCCCAGAUGGUGGAUACAUUCCAAGAAUUCUUUUCCUCGAUCCCCGUGGGAAAGUCCAUCCCGAAAUUACCAAUAAAAAUGGAAAUCCAAACUACAAGUAUUUCUACAGCAACGCAGACCACGUUGUGGCUGCCAUGAAAGAGGCUCAGGAGAAGCUGACUGGUGACACCUUCAGAGAUGAACUGUGAGAGAAAGGUGCAGGAAGGCUUUUCGUAAAGAAAGUCCACUACGCCUCGUUAAAGUCAUUGGGCGAAGAAUCCAUCUCAUACCUCAGUUUCUCAAGUCGAUUCCUUUUGGCCUGUAGGUACUGUUUAAUACAUGGGCUCCCAUCUAAAGCCAAGCCAGAUGAAUAACACACUAACUCUUUUUAUUUUAGUCUCUUUCCUGUUUGUCUCUUCACUCUUGGGAACCAAAGCGUGCCGUCCAUUUGUCAAAACAGGUGCUGAAGGAUUUGGGUUUUUCAGUGUUGUAUAUUAUGGUAGUCACGUUGAUGCUCCCUCAUGACUUUUGUCAUAAAUAUAAUUUAGGUGUUAAGCACAUGGUCGAUUAUACGAGGAACACAUUAAAAGACACUGCACGUGUUUGUGCAGCAUAAGUUCCUUUUGUUUGAUACACUCAUGUAUUGACCAUGAAUUGAUGGUCCUGUGCUUCCAAGUCCAUUGCUCUGCUGCUCUCUAACAUUGGACAGCCAUGUAAAAAUGAAAGGCCUUGAAUUCUUAUUCCCACAACCUCACUACUGUAAACCAGAGUUGGAAUAUCCUGUUUUUCUCAACUUCAUACUCCUGUUGUCGUAAAAAAAAAAAAAGAAGAAGAACAAUAACUACAAUUUGUUAAAUCCUGCCAAUUUUGUGGAAUUUACUAGCAAAAUAUAGAUUUACAUUUUGGUUUUAUAAGAUGAACUUUACUGUAGAAGAUGCCUGAAUGUGAAAGUGAAUCAAACUGGCGUUGCCAAAGUCUUGCAUUUUGAAGAGGGAAUUAUCUGU